UUGAAUUCUUUGGUCCUUGAUCUGGAUUAUCCAGCGCUGAGGAAGAACAAGAACAUUGAUAAUUUCUUAAAUAGAUAUGAGAAGAUUGUGGAAAAAAUACGAGCUUUACAAAUGAAAGCUGAAGACUAUGACGUGGUUAAGGUGAUUGGAAGAGGGGCUUUUGGAGAAGUGCAGCUGGUUCGCCAUAAAAUGACACAGAAAGUUUAUGCAAUGAAACUACUUAGUAAAUUUGAAAUGAUCAAGAGAUCAGAUUCAGCCUUUUUCUGGGAAGAAAGAGAUAUCAUGGCCUUCGCCAACAGUCCUUGGGUGGUUCAGCUAUUUUGUGCCUUUCAAGAUGACAAAUACUUGUACAUGGUAAUGGAAUACAUGCCAGGUGGAGAUCUUGUAAACCUUAUGAGCAAUUACGAUGUGCCUGAGAAGUGGGCCAAGUUCUAUACAGCUGAAGUUGUUCUUGCUCUUGAUGCAAUUCACUCCAUGGGCUUGAUACACAGAGAUGUGAAGCCUGACAAUAUGCUUUUAGAUAAAUAUGGGCAUCUGAAGCUGGCAGAUUUUGGCACUUGUAUGAAAAUGGAUGAAACAGGAAUGGUGCGCUGCGAUACGGCUGUGGGAACCCCCGACUACAUAUCUCCUGAAGUUUUGAAAUCGCAGGGGGGCGAUGGUUAUUACGGACGGGAAUGUGACUGGUGGUCUGUAGGGGUUUUCCUUUUUGAGAUGUUGGUUGGCGAUACCCCUUUUUACGCAGACUCAUUAGUAGGAACAUACAGUAAAAUUAUGGAUCAUAAGAACUCAUUACAUUUCCCGGAUGACGUGGAAAUCUCUAAGCAUGCAAAGAACCUUAUCUGUGCCUUUUUAACUGAUAGGGAUGUACGACUUGGGAGAAAUGGGGUAGAAGAAAUAAAACAUCAUCCUUUCUUCAAAAGUGAUCAGUGGAACUGGGACAACAUUCGAGAGACUGCUGCUCCUGUUGUUCCUGAGCUUAGCAGUGAUAUAGAUAGCAGUAAUUUUGAUGACAUUGAGGACGACAAGGGAGACGUGGAAACUUUUCCAAUCCCCAAAGCCUUCGUGGGAAACCAGCUGCCUUUCAUAGGAUUUACUUACUAUAGAGACAAUUUGUUGCUAAGUGACUCCUCUCAGUCUUGCAGAGAAAAUGAAUCUGUGCAAUCUAGCAAAAAUGAGGACAGCAAGGAGUUUCAGAAAAAACUAAGCAAGCUAGAAGAACAGCUCAGUAAUGAAUUACAAGCCAAAGACGAACUAGAACAGAAAUACAGGUCUACAAGUACUCGUUUAGAGAAGGUAGUGAAAGAGCUUGAUGAAGAGGUAACUUCAAGGAAGAAUGUAGAGUCUACAGUCAGGCAGUUAGAGAGAGAGAAGGCUCUUCUACAGCAUAAGAAUACAGAAUACCAGAGAAAAGCAGAACAUGAAGCAGAUAAGAAACGCAAUUUGGAAAAUGAGGUUAACAGUUUGAAAGACCAGCUCGAAGAUUUAAAAAAGAGGAAUCAGAACUCUCAAAUAUCCAAUGAGAAAAUCAAUCAACUACAAAGACAGUUGGAUGAAGCCAAUUCUUUGCUGCGGUCAGAGUCUGAUACUGCAGCCAGGUUAAGGAAGAACCAGACAGAAAGCACAAAGCAAAUCCAGCAGCUGGAAACUAAUAAUAGAGAACUACAAGAUAAGAACUGCCUGCUAGAGAAUGCAAAACUCAAACUGGAGAAGGAGUAUCUCAAUCUGCAGUCAGCUCUAGAAUCAGAAAGGAGAGAUCGAAGUCAUGGAUCAGAGAUUAUCAACGAUUUACAAGGUAUUCCUGCAAAUCUUCUGAAAGAUGUUCUUAAAAAUGUCAGAAUUAGAAGCUCCAAACUGGAAAUGGAGAAGAGACAACUGCAGGAAAAGCUCACAGAUUUAGAAAAGGAAAAGAGCAACAUGGAAAUAGAUAUGACAUACAAAUUCAAAGUUAUGCAGCAGAAUCUUGAACAAGAAGAAGCUGAACAUAAAGCCACAAAAGCACGAUUAGCAGACAAAAAUAAGAUCUAUGAAUCUAUAGAGGAAGCAAAAUCUGAAGCCAUGAAAGAAAUGGAGAAGAAACUUUUGGAAGAGAGAGCUUUAAAGCAAAAAGUAGAAAAUCGGUUGUUGGAAGCUGAAAAGCAACGCUCCAUGUUGGACUGUGAUCUCAAACAAUCACAACAGAAAAUCAACGAGCUCCUUAGGCAAAAGGAUUUGCUAAAUGAAGAUGUAAAAAACUUGACAUUAAAAAUCGAGCAAGAAACACAAAAGCGCUGUCUCACUCAAAAUGACCUCAAGAUGCAAACACAGCAGGUCAAUACCUUGAAAAUGUCAGAGAAGCAGUUAAAACAGGAGAAUAACCAUCUUCAGGAAAUCAAAUUGAGUCUGGAAAAGCAAAACAAUGAACUCCGCAAGGAACGUCAAGAUGCAGAUGGACAAAUGAAAGAGCUUCAGGAUCAACUUGAAGCUGAACAGUAUUUCUCGACUCUGUAUAAGACACAAGUUCGAGAACUUAAAGAAGAAUGUGAGGAAAAGACCAAACUUUGUAAAGAAAUGCAGCAAAAGAUACAGGACUUACAGGAUGAGAGGGAUUCCUUGGCUGCUCAGCUAGAGAUCACUUUGACAAAAGCAGAUUCAGAACAACUUGCCCGUUCCAUUGCUGAAGAACAGUACUCUGAUUUGGAAAAGGAGAAGAUCAUGAAGGAGCUGGAGAUUAAAGAGAUGAUGGCAAGGCAUAAACAGGAACUCACUGAGAAAGAUGCCACUAUAGCCUCGUUGGAGGAAGCAAAUAGGACAUUAACUAGUGAUGUGGCCAAUCUUGCUAAUGAGAAAGAAGAACUGAACAAUAAACUGAAGGAAGUACAAGAACAAGUUGCAAAGCUAAAAGAAGAAGAAGCAAAUGUAGGAAAUAUUAAAGCACAAUUUGAGAAACAGUUGUUGAAUGAAAGAACAUUGAAAACUCAGGCUGUGAAUAAAUUGGCUGAGAUCAUGAAUCGAAAGGGUCCAGUCAAACGCGGAGCUGACACUGAUGUGCGGAGGAAGGAAAAGGAAAAUAGGAAGCUGCAUAUGGAACUGAAGUCUGAACGAGAGAAGUUAACCCAAAUGAUGAUCAAGUAUCAGAAGGAAAUCAAUGAAAUGCAGGCACAAAUAGCAGAAGAGAGUCAGAUACGGAUUGAACUGCAAAUGACUCUGGACAGCAAAGACAGUGACAUUGAACAGCUUCGUUCACAGCUGCAGUCACUGCACAUUGGUCUAGACAACAGUAGCAUAGGCAGUGGACCUGGAGAUGCUGAGGCAGAUGAUGGAUUCCCUGAAUCAAGAUUGGAAGGUUGGCUAUCACUGCCUGUUAGAAAUAAUACUAAAAAAUUUGGAUGGGUCAAAAAGUAUGUAAUUGUAAGCAGUAAGAAGAUCCUGUUCUAUGACAGCGAACAAGAUAAAGAACAAUCUAAUCCCUAUAUGGUAUUGGAUAUAGACAAACUCUUCCAUGUCCGACCAGUCACUCAGACUGAUGUGUACAGAGCAGAUUCCAAGGAAAUUCCUAGGAUAUUCCAGAUUCUGUAUGCUAAUGAAGGAGAGAGCAAAAAAGAACAGGAAUUUCCUGUGGAGCCCAUGGGAGAGAAGUCAAAUUACAUUUGUCACAAAGGACAUGAGUUUAUACCUACUCUUUACCACUUUCCAACCAAUUGUGAAGCUUGCAUGAAGCCACUGUGGCAUAUGUUUAAACCUCCUCCUGCUCUAGAAUGUCGCCGCUGCCAUAUCAAAUGUCACAAAGAUCACAUGGAUAAAAAAGAAGAGAUUAUAGCGCCUUGCAAAGUGUACUAUGAUAUUUCUACGGCAAAGAAUCUACUACUGUUAGCUAAUUCUACAGAAGAACAGCAAAAAUGGGUGAGCCGACUGGUGAAAAAAAUACCCAAGAAGCCUCCAGCACCAGACCCCUUUGCUCGAUCGUCUCCCAGAACUUCCAUGAAGGUACAGCCAAACCAGUCCAUCAGACGACCAAGUCGACAGCUUCCUCCAAACAAACCAAGCUAACUGCUUUCCGUGAAUGCAGACACAGUUCAAGGUGAUAAUUUUCUUCCUGUUACAGCAAGACUGAAACAUAUCCCAAAAUAUAUUAAAAAUAUAUAUUUUCCUGAGAGAUUGUGCUAUAUAUAUCAGAGGUUUACAUUUUUGCUGCAAUAUAAAUUACUAAUCUCUGAGGGUUUUCCCGUAUUCUCCCAUGUGACUGAUAAAUUGAGGAAUGGUUGAUAAAUAGUAAAAGGAUAUGUUAGGUAACCUUUCAAAGUCUGUUCCACAAAAGCUUUCUUGGCAAAACACAUACACUACAUUUCAUAAAAGGAUUGAGAGGAAUGAAUAUUAAAGUGGAAGAAACUGACUUUUCAGCUUUCGUAAAGAUGCCACCAGCACAUCUGCAAGAAGAACCGGAGGAAGAUCCAUCAUAGUGCUAUAGACUGCAUCUGUAAGAAGUGACCAUUAUACUGUGUAUAUAUAUUGUACUGUAAUACUGCAAGAGGGUUUUAAAAAUCUUUCCACUUUAUUUUUUUAUGCUUAUUAAUCUGAUACCGUUACUUAUUGCAGUUGCAACUAUGCACUUGUAUAAAGCCAUAAUGUUGAAGUUUAUAUCAUUCAUACACGUCUA